UAAUUUAGUCUGCAAAGAAGGAAGUGAUUGGGGAUUCGGAGUCCACGCGCUUGGAAAGUAAGAUUGGUGUUUUUGCUGUGAAGGAAAAGAAGAAUUGUUUACCUAUGUGACCAGAAUUAAACCUGAAGGCUGACAGAAUAAGGCCAAAACGAUGUCACGUCCAGUGCUUUCUGAGUUAUGGUGAAACUAGCCCAGUUCCCUUCACUGAGCAAAGCACGCAUCAUGAAUGAAAACAAAGAAAAAGGGAAGCGGAGGCUGUCCAAGUGGCUGGACUACGGCAGCAUCAAUGGGGAAAGCCAGUGGGAUCCAUGCCCCACUUGCCAGGGGACAGGACGAAUACCGAGGGGUCAGGAGGCUCAACUGGUAGCUGUCAUUCCAUGCAGUGACCAAAGGCUGAAGCCUCGUCAUACGAAGCUCUAUGUGUGUAUAUCAGUUGUGCUGUGUCUCCUGGUCUGUUCCCUGAUCCUCUUUUUCCUGUUCCCACGGAGUGUGGACGUGUCCCCCGUGACCCUCCAGUCUUCACAGAUCUAUUUUGCACCAGACAAAGUUGAUAUGAUAAUCACAAACAAGCUAAAUCUCAGCAAUCACAACUUUGUUACCAUCCAAGUUCAAGAUCUCGAUCUGCAAGUCCUGAUAUAUGAGACUGUGGUUGGCAAAACCAAGACCUCUAAUGUGACUACAGUUAUCCCACGCUCACAGAAAACGUUGACUGUUGUAACCUCAAUAACCAUUGAUGAUCCUGGUCUCAAUACUUACUGCAGGUCAGCUUCCAUCCGGAUCCAUACUUUGUUUCUGCAUUUGCAAAUGACUAUAAAAGUGUCCUACUUAUCCCAUGCAGAACAGCUAUCCAUGGAUACAUAUGAGUAUAUCGAUUGUGGGGCAAAUUCUACAGUUCCUCAUUCAUUUCCACAGCUUCACUGACAUACUGAAUAAUGAAGGCAGUCAGCAAAAACCAAAGAAAAGACUGACCGCAAACACCAAAUCUGAGUUUAAAAGCAUACAAGUGCUCACAAUACAUCUUAUGUCUCUGUUCUUUUUGGUUUUAAUCAGUCGUGUGCUCUGUAGGUCUUUAAAGAGCACGAAUAUUUUUCCUUUUAACUGGACUACAGACUGUGUUUGUUGAGUAUUAGUGGAGUAUUAGCUGUGAAAGUGCCUGCCUCCUGCUGCACAUCAUGAAUACAAACGUUCUGUCUUAAUAGUUAUACACAUAAAAAUGAUAAUUUGUCAUGCUUGUUGAUUUGCACUUUACAAUAAAUUCUGUCUUUAAGUGAA